CAAUAAUUUUAAAAUAGAACUUUAAAUACAAAAGGAAAUGUGUCUCUGCCUUGGACCAUUCAAAUCUGGCAAAACUCUUUUAAUGAAAAGUCUCCAAGGAGACGAAAUCGACGAUGCGACUCAUACUGUGCCUACUAACGGAAUAAAUAUAUAUACUGUAAAAAAUGAUACUGGUGAAUUCGAUAUGGUGAUUAAAGAAAUUGGCGGUAAUAUGGCACCGAUCUGGAAGCAUUAUUUUGAUAAGAUUCAUAAAAUCAUCUAUGUAGUGGAUACCAGUAAUCUUUGUCAAAUAAGUGCUGCAGGCGUACUACUUUACUCUUUUCUCGUGGAACCGAGAUUACGGAAUGUGAAAGUAGCACUCAUCUUGAACAAGAUGGAUGUUUCGUAUCGUCAGAUGAGAAACGAAGCUUUGUUGAUGUUACAAUAUGCGCGUCUGCAAAAGGAGGUGACACAGAAGAUCACCGUGCUGGAAACCAGUGGUAUGACGGGUCAGGGAAUAGAGAGUUUACGCAGCUGGCUAUUUGAUCCGGAAACGCUGCGAAUUACGCUCAAGGCUAAUAAAUAGGCUAAUAAAUUG